AUGGCUGCUGGAAAUUUAAGUGAAUCAGUUGAACAAGGUGACGAAGUUACCUUGAGAGUCAUGGUGGACAAAGAAAUAAACAAAGUUGUGUAUGCUGAAGCAGGGAAGGAUUUUGUUGAUGCUCUUUUCAGCUUCUUAACCUUACCAUUAGGUACUAUUUCAAGACUUGUGGCUAAGGAGUCAGAUAUUGAAGCAGUGAGAUUUGGCAGCCUGAGUACACUUUAUCAAAGUGUAUCAGAUCUUGAUGAACACUAUCUAUGGUCCAAUACCUGCAAAGAAAUGCUACUCAACCCUAGAAACUCAAUGGAGGCGUAUUGUCAACAGCUCAAACUGAAUAUUGAUGACACACCUGCGCAGUAUUUUACAUGCAAGGACUGGCAGUCUUGUAGGGGAUUUAUUAAUGGGAGCCGUGUAACCACUUAUAGAAAUCAGAAAUGCAUCUGUGGAAGGCUUUUGAACAAAGCUGCUUCCGUCAAAACGGAUUUGACUCCUGUUGCGAAUGGCUUUGUUAAGGAAACUGCUACUUUUAUAAUUCGGGAUGAUCUUUGUGUGAUUCCUAAUGAUCUUGGAACAAGUUUACAUUUGCUUCAAACACACGGACUAAAUGACAUAGCGGAUGUUGAGAAAAAAACACUAGUUAUCAACAAGAAGGAGGUAGUUGAUCUUCUCAAAUUGUCGUUGCACUCCAAAACUCCUCUGACAGACUUUAUCUUUAAAAAGGAAAAAAUUCUUGGUAAUUCUAACCCAACGUUACGGUUUAGGAUUGGAAACGGCUUACCAUCUGAUUCUAAUAAGGGUAUGAAGAAUAUGAUUGUGAAAGUAUUUCUAAGAAAAUCAAAAAGAAAAAUUUUGUUUGCUACAGCAGAUGAAGAUUUUGCAGAUUUUCUUUUUAGUUUUCUAACAUUUCCCAUGGGAGGAGUGUUGCAAAUGCUAGAAGGAUUCUCUUCUUUAAGCUGCAUUGAUAUUUUAUAUAAAAGCAUGACUGAGUUGAAUGCAGAGAGAUGUUUAACGUCACAGGAACUCAAAAACAAACUAACUAAGCCUCGUAUUUUUGCCAAUUUUGAACUCAAGAACCAGAUACUACCAAUUGGAACGUGUCCGUUAACUUGCACGUUUGAUAGUGGUGAACCCGCGAAACUUGUUGAUCCUAAAUCCUCUCUUUCUGGAGGAUAUAUCAAAGGACCAUUAACAAUUAUGGUGACAGACGACUUGGUUGUGACUCCAAUGUCAUCCAUUGACGCUGUUUCAUAUCUAGAAAGAAUGAAGGUCCCUCUUAAUGACGUGGAGGAAAUUUUCAUUAGUAUUGGUGUAGAGGAGGGUCUCAGCAUACUGAAAGCUUCGUUAACCUCAACAUCCGCUUUGACAAACGGCCUCAAGCAGUACAUAGGAAGUACAACUGUUCAUGCUAGUUUAUCAUCCAGAGCUGCUUCGACAGAUAUUCCAUUGUAUAACCUGAAGAAGCCAAAGGAAGAAAAAGAAGCUUGA